GCCGCUGUUUCUGAACGGUCGCAAUGAUUCCACAUGGCCUCGAAUCUUCGAAACUAGGAGAUCGUGUGUUAAAAAUUUGAAAUUGUUUACGAUGCUCUGAUCUUGCACGCCAAACUAGUGCUCUCGAAAUUUUUUUAGGGAUAGGAAAAAUAGAAUGCCGUCUUCUCAGAAAGACUUGAGAUCUCAGUGUCCUGUCGGCUUUGAAGCUGUGAAUUUAGAUGAUUCCAACAAAUGUCCAGGGCUGGAAGAUGUUGUAUCUGAUCAUGACCACUCUUCCCUCUGGCUCAUGAGAGUACCCUAUGAUUUUAACUUGGAAAGUCUAACAGGCCAGACCGUUAUUUUGAAUGGGUCACAAGCUUUAUCUCCUGAUAUCACACAGGGUAGAGAAAAAAGGUAUGAAAUGCAUUCAAGAGCAGGAAGCACUGCUGAGCUGUCUUCUUUUACUGUCUUGCUACCAUCCUCAAAGCAGAAAUCCUUUUGUUCAGCCGGAACAUUCAGUGGACAGAUGAGUGUCAUUCAGUCUGGGGUUGUUCCUCUGUCCACCAACCAAGAAGUCCUAGGAUCUCCUAAGAAAAGUUCACCAAAGAAAACAAAGCGAACAUCGAGCAACGUCGCAGACGACGUAGUAUCAAGUUCAUCUGCGAAGAAAAAGACGAAUAGAGAGCGAAACGAGAUUACCGAAGAGAUUGUUCUUGAAUCACCAAAACAUAUAAAGGAUAAACGGGAAGCUGUAAAGGCAGAAACACUAAGUGAAGAUAGUGAUAAAAAUAAGAAAUACUAUUCUCCAAGUAAGAAAAAGAAUAAGGAUGGACAUAAAGUUGUUCUCACCCAGUUUGGAUUUGAACCAAAGGCAGAGAGAAUAGCAAAUGGCGAGCAGUAUUCAGUACAAUCGCCGAGGAAACGAAAGACAGAGGUUCUCGAGGAACAGGGAAACAGUGAAGAUUCUUUAUUGAAGUCAAAUAAGAAAAAGAGGAAACACAAAUCCAGUGACUCAGGAAGCCCGGGAUCUGCUGUGCUUGAGGAAACUCUUCCACGUUCCAUGUCACAUCAAGAUAGUUCCAUAGAGGUGAAGAAUGUGGGUUCCAACACGCCCAUUAAGGAUAAAAGUGGGCAUGAAUCUGAACCCGAAAAAUCACGGAAGAAGAAGAAGAAGAAUUUAAAAAUGAAAACAUUAUGAUUUAAGAUGACAGAGGUUUGCGAGCAAUGACAACAAAUCAAAUACUUACUGUCUGCUUUCAGCCGUUUCGUUUCCAAAGUGAUAUUAAUUUACAGUGGCAAUGAACAGCUUUUCUUUUUCCGGCGUUGUUGGAAGGGCUGUAGCAAAAUUAACAAAAGUGGUGUUCAGUUCAGCCGUUUGAUGUUGCGGUAAUUAUUAGCUGUAAUUAGGGAGUUUAAGAAACCCUCGGUGGCAACGACAACAGAAAAGUCAUCAAACAAGAUUUAAUGAGCAAAACAAUGGCUGUGUACUUGUGUUACAAAUUUUGGUAAAUUUCUUUGCGUCCUCUGCAAACCAACGACGUGAAAUGAUCAAACUUUGCGUUAUCUGGAGAACGUGAACAACGAUGACUAUAUUUUUUUUUUUACAUUUCUAUCUCUAAGUUAAUGCUGCGUUCCAGGUCCAGUUUCGAAAAAAUUUUGAUGGUGAGAAACAAACUUAACGACUUUAGAGUAUCGCGAGACUCGUUGGUAAAAUAUAAGUUCAUUUUUUAACCGAGGUUGUGUACGGCGUCGCCGUCCUCAUUUCUUAAACUCCCCACUAAAGGGAUUGCCGAAGAGAAGCCUCAAAAGAACCGGGCUACAGCGGUAUUCAAACCUGUGCCCCCAGAUAGUAGUCAGGUGCUUAACUGAGCUACCAAGCCUGAUGUUGGAAGCGAGACUUUGAAUUGUGACUGGGCAACAUAAAGUAAGAGCCUAGUUAGUUCUGUUUACCGGUACUCACCGAUCACUGAAGUAACUUGUAGCCAUUAUAAACUGAUACGUUGUAGUCACAUGUUAUUUGAACAAAGUAAUAAAAAAAGCUUUCGGAUUAUUCGUUGAAA